AGUUCUGGGACUAUCGCAUUUACGUUGCCGAUUUCAUGUCAAAUUUGCCUUGGAAAGGUUAAAGCCCCCGUCACCUGUCCCAAUCAUCAUGUUUUCUGUGAGCAAUGCAUGGAUGUGUGGCUGCAGAGGAACCAACAGUGCCCAGCCUGUCGGACGCCUAUCUCUGAGGAAACCCCCUUGCAGAAGGUUCUUGGUGGUCUUAACCAAGGGGAUGAGUCGAUGUGUGACAGUUUCUCAAACCCCGAGUUACGGCGGGCAAGAUUGGAGCUUCUAGUCAGAGAUUAUGAGGAUGAGAUUGAGCGAAUGCAGGGUCACAUUGUUGGAGUUGAAGGCGAGAAUAAAAUGCUAAAGGAUCGAUUACAGCGUCUUAGUCCGGAUAGCGACUCGGGUUCGGAGAAAGAGGGCAAGGAUCGUUGUGCCAGAGGCAGUAGCCCAGAUAUGAAUGUCUUACUGGUGAUGACCAAGAAGUUGCAGGAUGCUAACGCCCUCUAUGAGAAAGCUAAGAAGGAUUCGGCGAGAUAUAAAGAGAAAAAUCGUAAUCUCACCGAUGAGAACAUCAAUUUGGUGCGAGAGAAUCAGAGGCUUAGAAUCGAGAUCGCCAAUCGAUCGCCGAUGAAAUACGGCCGAUUCACAGUCUCUGCCAUGCAGUCCAAGAUGGACGCUUACGAGAAGCAGGUCAUCCAGCUACAGAAAGCACUGGAGAAGAGCGACACCUAUGUUGAGGAGGUGGAGAAGGAGCUUGAGGCAUUCCGCAAGGAUGGUACCGCAGUUUAUGCUACUUCGGUGCACACGAAAAUGGACACUAAGUCAGAGGCUGAUAAACGCGCUGAAACGUGUCGUAAAAGUUUAUUCGGCGGUUCAAAGCUGCACAAGGGCGCUGAAAAUGAAAACAAAAUGGCGGAGAAUUACCGCGAGGACGAUAAGCUUAGUAGUAAUCUGAAAGUGCCGCCAUCUGGGUUGGUGCAGUUGGCUGCGUGGAGGUUGGAGCAUGGGGAUGAUGCGUCAGAAAAGUCGCCUAAGUUCUCGACGUUCAAACCAGACGAUUUAGACUCUCGCCGUACAUCCACUUUCAUUACUGGUCGCAGCAGUUUGGGCGGACGUACUGAUAUGAAACACGCCAAGGCUGAUGGUUCCUUUGAUGCUGAUCUUCCGAGUCCGAUUGUAGGAACGCCAUCUCUUCCUCUAAGUCGUUUGAAGAUCAAGAACGAUUCGGACGACGGACCCAGUCCCAAGCGGAGGAGCCAGCCCGUGGCAGCAGAGGGACGAUCGGAAGCCACUACAGGCGGGAAAGACUAUGAAAUGCCAGAGGUGUGUCGAAACGAUGACGAUAAGGAUGAGGACUCGUCAGACUUGCCGUCCGGAAUUCCAGGACUUUCUGACAGUAACGAUAAAAUUUACGAAAGGUCUUGUUCUCGUUCUUCAUCCGGGUCGAGCGGACCACCGACUCCAACUAGACGAUUCCCGACCAUGGGUAUUUCUGCCAGCUAUGCCAUCGGCCACAGCCCUGGCGUGCCAGUUGCAAAGGAGGUUCCUGUGACGGUAGCGAGUGCUUUCGUUGGGUACUCUCUGUACAGCAUGGAUGAGGCCCGGUCAUCUCCACCAGCCCAGGAGCCGCUGACGUCUGGAUCACUAGAUAAUGCUGUCUUGUUCAACCAAGGAACGGGGAUAUACGGGACACAUCGCCAUAGGACUCAUAGCAACGGUUCAACAGGUUUGAACUCUUAUAACGCGACUGCUUCAUUGGCGCUUGCGAAGUCGACGUCUGUUUUGCCGCAGCCGGAUAGCACGACCGACUUGAGUGCGUCUAAACCCGAGACUGAAAAUGCUAAUAGUAAUGGAAGCACGACCGAGCUUGAUUGCUCCAUCACGCCCGAAUUCUCGGACUGUUUAAAGAUCUUGAAUGAAGCGGAAAAGAAAGUUGGCCGACGGAAACUUGAAGGUGUCGAUAGCGUGGACGGCGAUUCAAACUCUGAACAAUUUACUGUCGAGAAAUGUGAGGACUCGGAACCGCAAUAUGAAAGUUUGAAUUUCCGAUCGCGAUCUGAUUCGAAUGAUGCUAGUUCGAGAAGUACUGACUCUCACUUAUCAACAGACAGUUUAAAAAGUGCCGACUUUAGAUCAUCGGACAAUACAGCGCGUAUUGUGCAUAGUAAGAAAUUCACUGGGAACCCGAACUUGAAAGCGAUGUGUGACAAUUCCGAGGCAGGGAGGCGGUUCAGUCUCGGAGGAAAGCUCGGUGAAAUGAGGCAGAAUCUCAAACAUUUCUUGCGGCGUACGCCGGAGAAGAGGAAGCGGUCCGAGGGCGGUAUUCCGUGUGAGGACAUGGUGCCCUUUAGUCCGUCAAAGGCAAUGAAAUUAACUCAUCUGUGAAGUCUGUAGUUGUCUCGAGAUUUAGAGGAGGUGCUUUGUGUUUGAGAAUUUUUCGCAGCAUUUUGGAAAAUAAAGAAAAUGUGCAGUCUUACUUCAACCUGUAGUUGAGGAUAGGAGUUGAUAUAAACCAUAAUUCUUGAUAUAAACCAUAAUUCUUGAUAUAACCGAAAAUCACAUCCAUGAGAAACGAAUUUUCUCUUGUGAGAAACGAAUUUGCAAUAUUUCAGCGCCUUUGAAUUUAUCCAGAAUGCUGCGAAAUUUCCUUUCGAAAUGAAAAUGCAAUGGUUCUGUCAAACAGAUUGCUUUUAUGAAUCGUGAUUUUGUUUUGGUGAUCUUAAUGUAUGAUACAGCCAUCUCCACAGUAGGCCUACAUGUAUAACCUGAAUGUAUAAUUCUGAAGUUGUGCACUCUGCUUCGAGUGGUCUGGCUAUUUUAAUACCACUGUGUUCAGUCAAUAAUUUUAAAGGUCAAAUUUGGCACAAAAUUAAAUGCAAUGAUGUUUUGAACUUUGUAAAGCAUAAUUUGUGAGAGUAAAAACCUAUAUAAAUAAAUAGGUUUUUGCCACAGCCAUAAAGGUGACUUUAACCUUUUCUCAAGCUGUGAAGUUUGCUUGAAAUAUCAGGGACUAUAAUGUUGCAAUUAAACUUGAAAACCUCAUUCUAAAUACUGUAAAUAGUCGCAAAAUGUGCUUUCAAGAUUAAUUUGGAAUUACUGGUAAUUAUAACAUGUAAUUGUAAAUGUUUGGAAUUUUUUUCACAUAAUUUUGUUUAAAAGUUGACCCAGGCAGAGUCCAAUGUAUUCAAAAUUUCUUUAAGGAAAUAUUG